CAGCCUAAAACCGCUGCUAAAAAUGAGGUGUGGGUUUUGUUUGUUUGUGAAAAGUCGCAGGGAUUUUGAUAAACCGUUGGGUUUGGUCAUGGAUGAUGAUGGAUCGCAGCCAAGCAGCUCUGGUAUGAGGGUCUCCACUAAAAACAAAGCCCCAUCUCCGCCAGGACUAAAGAACCUGGAUUCCCACGUUUUUUCCCAGUGGUGCCCAGGAAACCCUCAUUUUAAAAUGGACCAGAAGGAGAAUCUUAUCGAUAAAGACCUGUCUCUGGUUGUGGUCCUUCCUGGUGGAGUGGAAAAGAUGACCACAGUCCAUGGCAGCAAACCGCUAAUUGACCUGUUGGUGAUGCUUUGCGCAAAGCAUCACUUGAAUCCAUCUAGCCACACCUUAGAGCUGGUAACAGCCAACAGAAACCACAUCAAGUUCAAACCGAACGCCAUUAUAGGUGCUUUGGAUGCAGAGAAGAUCAUACUGAAGCCGAAAGGAAGUGAUGACAAAAAUAAGAAGACUGGUCCUCAAAUGCCUGAGGCAACAGUUCGAAUGGUGAUAAACUACAAAAAGACUCAGAAAACGGUCCUGCGUGUCAAUCCUAGAGUUCCCCUGGCUGAACUCUUACCGGCUAUUUGUGAGAAAUGUGAAUUUGACACCGAUACAACAGUUCUUUUGAGAGAUGUCCAAUCACUGGCUCCUUUGGAUUUGUCCUGCUCCCUUAAUGAUUAUGCGAUAAGGGAGCUCUAUGCAAGAGACACACGAAGUCAUCCUUCUUCUCCCGUGUUCCUCCCCUCACCAACUUAUUCAGGACCAGUUUCACCGGGAAAAGAUAAAAAUCAAAAAGAAAAGGAAAACAAAGGCCUCUUCAGGAUGUUUCGAAAAAGCAAAAAAUCCCAACAGUCAAUGACAGCCAGCGCCCCUGCUUCCCCAGUGCUUGUGAGCAAGCCUCGUCCUCUCAGCAUGGCCUUGCCCAGCACAAACUCUUCUUCAUUCUUCUCGACCGCAAGUAUGGAUAUGCCAAAAAAGAGACGUGCACCCCAGCCCCCAGUCCUUGUGUCUCAGGGCCAGACUUCAGCCAUCAGGACUCGGCAGAGAAUCUACUCCGAACCAACCGUCCACCUGCACAGUGACCUGCUGCCAGCUUUAAGUGGCGGGUUCUUGGCGGAUUCUUCACUGAAGAGAACCAAGCGCAAGGCUCCCCCACCCCCGACGUCUCCACCUCCUGUUGUCGUCAAAGAAGUUGUUCCCAUAGAUGAGACUCUGCAAGGAGGUACAGCUGCUAACACCAUGGAGGAGAUUUCGGAACAAGAAGAGACAACGGCAGCUGUACUCCCCACAACUCUUAGCAAAUCCCAGAGAGAAGACGGCAGCCUCAACAUGGCCGCUGACGUUUCAUUGCAUUCCAAGUCUCCUGACGCUAAGAUUCUGAGCACAAUAUCUGCUAGAGGGGUCGAGGAAGAUCAGUCCUGUGGGCUAUCCUCAGAUGGCAAGUACGAACUCUACAGUGCUAAUUCCCUCCUCAUCUGUUUGCAUUCUGCAUCAACUCAGAACACGUAUUUUUGUUUACAUGUAAUGGUGGUCCUCAAGUUGAAACAUGUGUGCCAACAGCCACUCUCUAAAGAGUCUAAACCUGAAAGUAUUGAUAUGGACGGCACUACUGCUUACAGUCCGCCUCCGUCAGUGCCCCAUCCUGUAAAGCAGGAUGCAGAAGUGCAGGUGUCUGCUCAUGCACACACCGAACCCCGGGAGCCCACUGAAAGGUUGGAGAUCCCAGCGGCCACCAGCACAUCACACCCGACUGGAGAGGACGAAGUGCAAACUGAUUUCACACCACUCCCAGUGCCUUACAAGCAGCACGCAGACAAUACUUCAUCUCCACCGAAAGCACCUGGCUUUGAAUCAGCAGGGAAGAAAGAUAUGUCCAUGACAGAGGCGCUGAACCCUCCUGACCUCAAGGUUGCCUUACCCCACACCUCAGAGACCUCAUCGUGCCCAGACACAACACCAUAUGCGUGUCCUUCCGCAAAGAUGACUUCUAUUUAUGCAGACUCUGAGCCAAAACCCAAGCCUUCCAACGAGCUGACGAGAGACUACAUCCCCAAAGCAGGGAUGACCACGUACACCAUUGUGCCCUCCAAAUCUCUGGAGAAACUGAGAUAUUUUGAGGUUGCACUGACACUGGAGUCUUCUGCUGCACCUUUGGAAAAGGGACGGAUGUCCGUUCUCCUCAUUUGGAGGCGUGCACUAACCAAGCGGACAACCCAGUACAAAAACCUGUCAACAAUUUUAUCAUCAACCUACAAAAGAAAUCCCAUCCGCCACCUACAAAAGAAUCCCAUCCGCGUUCGGACACCAUGGGGCAAAGAGAUGAAACGUCCCCGGCAACUAAAACCUAAGCCUGGUUCUUUCCGCUUGGCUCAGCCCAAAAAGACACCUGGGUAUUAUGUAACUUCAGCAGCAGAGAAAAGCUUCUUUGCUAGUUCUGGGGCUGGCCACAAGGAUGUUCAAGGAAACUUUGAGAGAGCAAAGUCACCACCACCACCUCCUGCGCAGUAUCAUCAGGAACUGACAGGAGCCACAAAUGUGAAGCUGAGCCCAAAAGAUGAAGAUAAGCAGGUUCCCUUCAUGAGGGUUACCAGGCAAAGUAGUUUGUCAUCUAAAGAGCCAAGAGUUGGCUUAAGCUUGGAGAAAUUAAGGAGUUUUGCAGCUCCGAGGCCUUAUUCUCCUGCUACCCCAUCUCGCUUUGCCCAGGCGGUGUCCUCAGCUGUGAGGAGAAGCCAGUCUUUAUCCCACUGGCCAAAGUCGCCACAUUCACCAGAGUCGCCACCCUUCUCUCCAAUUACAGGCUACUCUCCAGGCAGCGAAUCGCAAAGGUUAUCUCUGUUCAAGGACUUUGCCAACACAGAGGUGGUCAGUAACAAAGGAUCCACUGUACAGGAAGUAAUGGGUGACCAGUCUUUGGGUACAAAUCUUCAAACGGGAGGAGAGAAUGUCCUGUAGUUUGCCUUAAUUCAUCUGAAAAUGAACCACUUACUGUGCGGCUCUCCAGGCCCCUUCGUUUCAAAUGUACAUAAUGUUGUGUAGUUCAUUAACAGUUUCUGUAUUUUGGUUUGCUUUCUUGUGUCACUGAGGGAUGUCAUCCCCAGUUGACCGACAUAUUUUAAUGCUUCUGUUUUAGUUUGUGGAGUGGCUAUCUUGCAUUAUUGUGCGUUAUUGCAUGAAUGAACAAGAAAUGUUCAUUAAGAACACAUAAAUUAUUGUUCUGAAUUCUGGAGUUGUAAUAUUUGAUUUAUUGAAUGUCUUAAUAAUACUGGAUGAGUAGGGCAGACCUCGUUGGACCUACUAAUUGCUCACUAGUUUCAGUUAAAAUUUAUAUUUAAUGAUCACAGAGUUAUGGUUAAGCUAUGCAUACAUUCACUGAUGUGUAUGGUGGCGCUGCUGUUCUGUUUUGCAGUGUUGUUGCAAUAAAGCUUUAUCACUCCACAA